GCCAGCGAAAGCAGGGUCUUGAAUCGCUACACCGCCAGAACCGAUUUGCCACGGGACUACUCAACAGUCUUCCAUUUUCUUUGCAGGAAAGCUGGAGUUGAUCGACUGAGGCCAAUUGGAGUUUGUUGGGCCGGAGAACCGACUUCUGCGUUUUCUCGAAGAACCGUCAGCAAACCCGCAACUCCGAGGGCUGGACGCGCUUGGCGCGCGAACAGUUCUCCAUGGGAAAACCACCCCACAGUGCCCCGACCUGCAUCGCCGACGGCUGGACGCGCUUGGCGCGCGGACAGUCAGCCCAGGACACCAAUUGCGAGAGAGUAGCAGCCCAG